AUCUACAAAGGAUAAAAAUAUCUGCCCUUUAUCCACGGCUGCACAGCUGCUCUGUAUGUUGGCUUUAAACCCUGAAAAUGGCAGGCUCAGUAGGAGAAAGAAGGGAUGAGAAGAAAGUGAUGGUGGCAAUUGAUGAGGGUGAGCACAGUUACUAUGCACUCAUGUGGGUUCUUGACAAUCUCAAAGACUCACUUAAAUCGCCGCUCAUCAUUUUCAUGGCCCAGCCAGUUCCACCAGACAAUUACACCUUUUCUGCAGCUCUCAGCAAUGCUCGGAUCUAUUGUCCUUUCUCAACCACUCCAUUAGUUAACUCCUUUAAAGAUCAGCACCAGAAGCUCACAUUGGCCCUCUUGGAGAAAGCUAAGGAUAUUUGUGCCAGUAGAGGGGUGGUAGCAGAGAUGAUUACAGAGGUUGGGGAUCCUAAAGUGACAAUAUGUAGCGUAGCUGAAAAGCUCAAUGUCAAUCUGCUUGUCGUAGGUGAGGAUGAACUAGGAAAAAUCAGAAGAGCUGUUACAUGGAGUGUGAGCAACUAUUGUGUUCAAUAUGCCAAGUGCCCUGUUCUGGUAGUGAAGAAACCGAAAUAAGGAAGAGCAUAGCAGUGUGGAUUCAAGCUAAGCAUCUUCGUUUGAUGAGGCAUGAUUUUCAUAUGAUUCAGAUGUAAAAUGUCUAAGAAACAGAUUGUGACAGGUAAACUCUUUCCGUUUGGUUUAAUUCAGUGAAUGCUAAAAGUGAAAGAUGACUUGAUUUGAUCUUGGAUGGAAGAUUACAUGUUAUUACCAUACCAUCCCUUGUAAAUAUCACUACUUUCUAUUCUUAGUGCCAAUUCUCAUAUGAAUAACAUUUGAACUCCAUGUUUUUUAUAUAACUUGUACAUCUUGAUAGUCCUAUAAUGUACUUUCUCAUCCAAAAAUACGGUUUAAAGUGGCUGCCAAUCUGACUCCUCCUUGAGCUAACCGCCAGCUAACUAUUGGUAAACGAGAGAGGAAAUAAUCAUCUGCAAGAAGCAACUUAUUGUCAUUUCUCCUCUCUUGAUGAAUGAGUGAGUUAACAUUUUGUCAAGCUUACCUUCAAGGGUUGAUCCCUCAUCAACGCCUUUAUAUGCCCAGUCACAUGCUGCUUUGAUACCUUCAGAAGCAUAUCUGCCCAUCAUACCACCAAGGGAAUUAAAAUGGAGCUUUUGAUUCAGAAAAAGAAAAAAAAAAAUGAAAU